AUGCCUGCCCCCAAGAGAGUCCUCGUCGAGAAGCCUUCAUCUCGCCGUACUAAUAAGGGUUUCUUCGCUUCCACAUACGACACCCUGACUUCAUCUGAAAACGCGGCAGUUGUUCGCAGCAUUGCAAUUUUUGGUGCCGCCGUUACUUUCCUCGCUAGCCCCUGGGGCGAGCUGCUUCUGCCUCCGUAUGCGACAUCUAACUCCCUGCAAUGCCUAGGCGCAAUGACGAAAUGCUGA